GAACAUUAACCCGGAUUAAAAAAAUCAUGGCCAAGCCUCUCGAGAAAGUUUGUCUUAUAUGUAUUGAUGGAUGGGGGAUUAAUCCAAAAAAAAAUAGCAAAGAAGAUGCAAUUUCGGCAGCAAAUAUACCAAUCAUGAGUAGUCUAAUGAAAAAAUACAGUUCUAUGGAGCUUAAGGCUCAUGGAAAUGCAGUAGGUCUUACAGAGGGUUUGAUGGGAAAUUCAGAAGUAGGCCAUUUAAAUAUAGGAGCAGGGCGUAUUGUAUGGCAAGAUUUAGUUAGGAUUGAUAAGACAGUGAAAAACAAGGGUUUUAUUCAGGUAGAAGCCAUAGUUUCUUCAAUGGAACGUUCUAAAGCAGGAAAUGGGCGAUUUCAUAUUUUGGGAUUGGUUUCUGAUGGAGGUGUUCAUUCUCAUAUAAACCAUCUUUUCCAUCUUCUAGAAACAGCAAAAGAAAUAGGAUUAAAAGAAGUUUAUAUCCAUUUUUUUAGCGAUGGAAGGGACACGAGCCCAUUAUCAAGCAUUAAGUAUGUAGAACAGCUUAUGAAUAAAAUAAAAGAUCUUGGUAUUGGAGAGCUUGCUACUAUAGUAGGCCGUUACUACGCAAUGGAUCGAGAUAAACGCUGGGAAAGAAUUACAAUUGCCUUAGAAGGAAUAAUUUAUGGUAUAGGAGAAGAAGAUAGCGAUGUAAUAAAUGUAAUUAAUAGACGAUAUCAAAAGAAUGAAACAGAUGAAUUUUUAAAACCUAUCAUUGUUAAUAAAAAGGGAUGUAUUUCAGAUGGAGAUACUCUCUUCUUUUUUAAUUAUAGAUCAGAUAGAGUUCGACAAAUUACACAAGUAUUGGGUGUAGAUUCAACUUUAACAUCUCUCCAAAUCCCAAAAAAUCUUAGCAUUACAACAAUGACACAAUACAAAGUAGAUUAUCCAUUUCCUGUUGCCUUUCCUCCUCAAAAAAUGGAUAAUGUUUUAGCUGAAUGGUUAUCAAAAAAAGGAAUAUUACAGUCUCAUGUUGCAGAAACGGAAAAAUAUGCACAUGUAACAUUUUUCUUUAAUGGAGGUGUUGAAAAGCAAUUCGAAGGAGAGCAACGCGAUAUGGUUCCAUCACCUAAAGUGUCUACAUAUGAUAAAGAUCCUAAAAUGAGUGUUGACGGUGUAGCCCAAAAAAUUUCUGAAAGAAUUACCGAAAAUAAGUACCCCUUUAUUAUGUGUAAUCUAGCUCCUCCAGAUAUGGUUGGUCAUGUAAAUUUUAAGCUCAUCUCUUUUCCUUUUACUAUUAACAAAAUUAGACAGGUGUAUAUGAUGCUACUGUCGAAGCAGUUGAACAUACUGAUAGAGCUAUCGGAACUAUUUAUAAUACAUGUAAAAAAGAAGGAUAUAUAUUACUGAUCACUGCUGAUCAUGGAAAUGCUGAAGUCAUGAUCGAUGAAGAUGGUAAUCCUCUUACAUCACAUACUUGUAACCAUGUUCCUUUUAUUCUGUGUAGCGAAAAAUAUACACUUCAAGAAGAAAUAGGAGCAUUAUGUGACGUUGCACCAACUAUAUUAACUUUAAUGGGAAUAGAAGUACCCGAAGAAAUGACCGGAACUUCUCGUUUAAAAACAAAAAAAUCACAAUAAUAACUUAUAUAUAUAAAACUCGAGAUACAUAA